AUGCCGGUGCGGCGCGGCGCGGCGGGACCAUGGCGAGCGACUUCUACCUGCGGUACUACGUGGGGCACAAGGGGAAAUUCGGGCACGAGUUCCUGGAGUUCGAGUUCCGGCCCGACGGGAAGCUGCGCUACGCCAACAACAGCAACUACAAGAACGACGUCAUGAUCCGCAAAGAGGCCUACGUGCACAAGAGCGUGAUGGAGGAGCUGAAGCGGAUCAUCGACGACAGCGAGAUCACCAAAGAGGACGACGCGCUGUGGCCGCCACCAGACAGGGUGGGCCGCCAGGAGCUUGAAAUAGUAAUUGGUGACGAGCACAUCUCCUUUACCACGUCAAAAAUUGGGUCGCUCAUCGAUGUAAAUCAAUCCAAGUCAGCUCCUGGAGGCACAGGUACUCUCUGUUGUGGCAUAAUUAACCCAAUGUCAUUGCUUGAUAGAUUUUCAAAUUCACUGGGCAGCUAAGCUUACUACAAGAACACCUGUUAGGUGCGUUCAGAGGGUCAGAGUCUGAACUAAACCGUCGCUGGCCUGUGUACAUCCAUGUUUCUAACAGAACCAGGACUUCUGUAUUUCAGAAAAGACUGGAUAUUUUGUUUCGUAAGUGCAAAGCGAUGCUACUGUGCAGUGAUAAAAAAGCACAUCCUGUCAAGGCUUAAACCUUAAAAACAUGGAAUGCAGAAUGUUCCAUCAAUCAAUACAAGAAUUAAUUCAUGUUAUGUCAACAAGGACCCCUGAAAAAUCCUGCUGUAGGCUUUGUUUUGUGUGUACAUAGAUCUGUGUAUAGGUUGAUUCUAAAAACUGCUCCCACACAACUUAAGUCUUUUUUUUUUUUCCUCCUUCCUUCCUCCCAUUGUGCACUGCAGGGAUCCAGAAGGUUUGAGAGUGUUCUACUACCUGGUCCAGGACCUUAAAUGUCUAGUCUUCAGUCUUAUUGGACUACACUUCAAGAUUAAGCCAAUCUAAAUCAAACAAACUGGAGUUUGUACUGCAGUGUCUGUACAUGAGGGGGGGGAUGCUUUUUCAAUUCCUUGCUUCUUCAGACCCGAAACUUUUAUGUAUGUUAGAAUUCUUUUUACAAACUGUAAGUGACUGUCUUAAUAAAAUGUUGACAUGGGUAUUUUUAACUUAAA